AUGGAAAGAAACCGCACCAAAAGCACCAUAAGAGAUCACUGGAAAUUUUACUUUUUGCUGAUGAUCCGAUGGUCUAAAGACACACUCCAAAUGGAUAUGCAUCUACUGAAUGAUGUCACUAAGGAGUAUAACUGUGGCUUGCUGACGUCCAACAAAGUCAUGGCUUUCAUAGAGAACCAACCAGUGACAGCAAAAAUCUUUCUAAAAGACACAACUAUGGAAUGUGUAUUCAAAUAUAUCGGUUCUGAUAACAGCAUUCACUAA